AAAGUUUGGGAGGUGUGUGUUUUACUUUCAUAUGUGUAUUAUAAGCCGUAUGUGAAUUAUAAACAAAGAUGUGUGAGAGCACAACUGUCAGUCGUCCAGGUGAACUCAGGGAAACAGUCUAAAGCAGUGAUGGCUUGUUUGAAUUUGAGCUUCUUACUCAUGUUGUCCGUGCUGGUAGGGGUCACAGAAGCUUCUCUACCACAGUUCAGCCACCAAGGAGCCAUGGCCCAUGGAGACAUCAUCAUUGGAGGUCUUUUCCCCAUCCACGAGGCAGUGGAGGCAGUGAACAAUACUGGCUUAGACAGCUUCUCUACUCCUCAGCGUCCAAACUGCAGCAGAUUCUACACAAAAGGUCUAAAUCAGGCUCUAGCUAUGAUUCAUGCUGUGGAAAUGGCAAACAGGUCACCCAUGUUGAGCAGUUUGAACAUUACCCUUGGAUACCGCAUCUAUGACACAUGUUCUGAUGUCACGACUGCACUUUGGGCCGUCCAAGAUCUCACACGGCCGUUCUCAGACUGUGACUCACCAACAAACUCUUCUCAUCCGGUCCAGCCGAUAAUGGCGGUAAUUGGGCCCUCUUCUUCUGAGAUCUCCAUCGCAGUUGCCAGGGAACUCAACCUCCAGUUUAUUCCACAGAUAAGUUAUGCAUCUACAGCUACGAUUCUGAGUGACAAAAGUCGUUUCCCUGCUUUCAUGAGGACUGUCCCCAAUGAUGAGUACCAAACCCAUGCCAUGGUAAAACUUCUGAAGGACAAUAAAUGGACCUGGGUUGGCAUUAUCAUUACAGAUGGAGACUAUGGGCGUUCUGCUAUGGAAAGUUUUGUUAAGAACACUGAAACCGAGGGAAUUUGUGUGGCCUUUAAGGCAAUCCUACCAGACUCACUAGGAGAUGAACAAAAAUUAAACAUCCAAAUCAACAACACUGUGGACAUCAUUGAAAAAAAUACCAAGGUUAAUGUGGUGAUCUCAUUUGCUAAAGCAUCCCAAAUGAUGUUGCUAUUUCAGGGCCUGCAUAGUAGGAAUGUUUCAAAUAAGAUAUGGGUGGCCAGUGAUAACUGGUCAACAGCUAAACAUAUCUUGAAAGACGUUAACCUCUCUGAUAUAGGGAAUGUAUUGGGCUUCACCGUCAAGAGUGGAAAUGUUACAACUUUUCAUCAAUACCUAACGGAUCUCCAGUUUGAAAGUGAAGCUGAGCUGAAAAAUCCAUUCCUGGAAGAAUUUUUUAAACAGCCUGAUAUAGGAAAUGCUACAAAUGCAAUACAGAACCUGAUCAAAAACAAAGAUUUGGACAUGGUCUUCAGUGUUCAGAUGGCAGUAAGUGCUAUUGCUAAUGCUGUGGCUGAACUAUGUGUAAAAAAACAAUGCAAGACCACUACAGCUAUCCAGCCCUGGGAGCUCUUAAAACAGUUGAGGAACAUCACUUUUGAGAAAGAAGGAGAAAUAUACAAUUUUGAUGCAAACGGCGACAUCAAUUUGGGCUAUGAUGUCUGCCUAUGGGAGGAACAUGAAUCUGAGGAAUGUGACAUAAUCGCAGAAUACUAUCCAUCUAACAGCAGUUUUACUUUCACUAGGAAAAAUCUAAGUGAUAUUGAGAACGUGGUAUCUAAGUGUUCAGACAGCUGUCAGCCAGGGGAGUAUAGAAAAACAGCAGAGGGUCAGCACACUUGUUGUUAUGAGUGUCUCGUCUGUGGGGAAAACCAAUACUCCAACCACACAGAUGCAGAUGCAUGUUCCAUGUGCGACACUGAGAAUACAUGGUCAAGCACUAAUAGCUCAGAAUGUCUUCCCAAGGCUUAUGAGUUCUUUGAGUGGAAUUGUGUGUUCGCUAUCAUUCUGUUGAUGCUGACUGCCUUCGGGAUCCUCCUCCUCUUCUCAGUGUUUGCACUGUUCUUCUGGCAAAGGGACUCUCUGGUGGUAAAGGCUGCAGGCGGGCCGCUUUGUCAUCUGAUACUUUUCUCCCUGCUGGGUAGUUUUGUCAGUGUAAUUUUCUUUGUGGGUGAACCAAGCAAUGAGACAUGUAUGGUGAGGCAGGUCAUCUUUGGCCUGAGCUUCACGCUGUGUGUUUCAUGCAUCUUGGUGAAGUCCUUAAAGAUCCUUCUGGCAUUCCAGAUGAACCUAGACCUGAAGGAGCUUCUUCGCAAGCUCUACAAGCCGUAUGUGAUCAUCUGCAUCUGCAUGGGGCUCCAAGUCACCAUUUGCACUAUUUGGCUGACCUUGCUCAUGCCAUUUAAAGGCAAAGAGGUGCAGGCCAAAUCCAUUCUCCUGGAAUGCAAAGAGGGCUCAGAUGUGAUGUUUGGGUUAAUGCUGGGUUACAUAGCUUUGUUGGCGCUGAUAUGUUUCACAUUUGCUUAUAAAGGCAGAAAACUUCCGCAGAAGUAUAACGAGGCCAAGUUCAUCACAUUCGGUAUGCUAAUCUACCUCAUGGCCUGGGUCAUCUUCAUCCCAGUGUACAUCACAAUCCAUGGCAAAUAUGUACCGGCUGUGGAGGUGGUUGUUAUUCUCAUUUCAAACUAUGGGAUCCUGAGCUGCCACUUUUUGCCAAAGUGUUACAUCAUUAUUUUCAAAAAGGAGCAAAACACCAAAGAUGCAUUCCUGAACAGUGUUUAUGAAUAUGCCAAAAAGAGUGCCGAGAACAUCAGGGGCUUGACUGGAAUUGAUCCACAAAGAAAAACAAAGAAUUCAGUCUACGUCAUUUCCAAUCCAUCACUUGUGACUGAGGAGAAACAAGUUUCUGUACCAAAAAUAGAUAAUGUGGCUUAAAAUAUGAACAUGAAACAUGAAACUUCAAUAGACUUAUUUUGUUUUUGUUGUUGUUGUUUAUUUAUUUUUACAUACAAUUAUCUUUUAAAGGGGACAUCAUAUAUGCCCAUUUCCACAAGUUGGUAUGAUUCUUUAGGGCCUUCAUAAAAUAUCCGUAACAUACUUUGGUUCAAAUUGUUCAAAGGUCAUGUAAAAAAACACCCUUUUUACAUGGUCAAAAUCAGCUCUCUUCACAGCGACCCGUUUCUUUAAAUGAUAAUGAGCUACUGCUUACCUCACCCCUCUCUUCCAUGGGUCAUGUCUUGAAACUUAAAGGGAUAGUUCACCCAAAAAUGAAAAUUUUAUGUUUAUCUGCUUACCCCCAGGGCAUCCAAGAUGUAGGUGACUUUGUUUCUUCAGUAGAACACAAAGAUAUUUUAUUCAAAUUGUUGCAGUCUAGCAGUCUUAUAAUGUAAGUGAAGAGAAUCACAUCCAAUAUAUAUAUAUAUAGAACACAAAUUUAAAUUUUUGGGUGAACUAUCCCUUUAAUUAAAUGGGGGGAAAAUGCACAAAAGGUAAUAUUUCAUCCAAUGUCCCUUUUAAGAUCUGUAAGAAAGGCCAAACUUUAUGAUGCUUAAUCUAAAUGAUUAAUACUUUCUUUUAAUUGUGGAAAACAAAUAAAUACAUAUGUUAGUAUUUGUACUAUUAUAUAUUUUUGUGUACUGUGUAUAAAUUGUUUAAUUGUAGCAAUAAUGUUUACAAUAAUGUUUAGUUUGUCAACACAAACUAUUACAUUAUCACAACCAAUAAACAGUUAUUCUUCUGACAUGAA